AUGCAGUAUUACGUAAGUAAUCAACUGCGCUCCGGAACUCAAUACCCCGAAAUCGGCAGGGAGCUCUUCUUCUACUUGGCCAAGAAUCAUAUAUAUGGCCGACAUACGACACUUUACCAAAGUCUGUCAGUAGUCGUGGCAGAUCUGUGCAACACAUCCAUCGCCUACAACAACGCCGUCCUCUCUGGAUUGGACGAACCCCACUGGGCGCUAAGAAUUGUCUCGGUACACAAGCAUACCGGCCCUUCAUCUCCAUGUUUCUUCACGAUGGCAGCAAUAGCCAAGGGAACAGAAGUCGUCGUGCUUCGACUCGUUUCGGAAGGGAAAUGCGACGACUGGAAUCUAGAUGUGGCUACGACCGGGAUCUUAACCCGCGAUAUCCAGGACAAGGAGCUUCAGGACUGCCAAAUGGAUUACUUCAAGUCUUCAACGCCAAAACGUAUGAGAUUAAGUUAUUGUGCCUGCCCAUCUGUGAACGAUAUCUACUCCUUCCAUCAGCCUGAUCUGGACGCCAUCGCGGCCAAUGAGCAGCUUACUUUUUCAAUCUUGCCCAGAGUGCGAUCUUGGCAGGCUCACAACGAUGAUCGAGAUCAUCGCCAGAGGACUGGAAGAUGCUUAACGAUGGGCAUAAUGGCCUGGAUCACCAAGCUACUUGGAAUACGCUCUACCACAUCAUUCUCGCGAUUCUCUGACGCGCCCCGAAAUAUGAUCGCAACCUCGUCAACGCCGAAAGAAAUCGCUCUUUUCAGAUAUACCACCAUUCAAAAUGCUUGGUGGCUUGCAUUGCUUGGGACGGGUGCGCAUUUGGUCAAGCGUAAUUUCCCAGCGAGCAAGCAAGCCAGCCACCCAGCCAGGCUGUUACAGCCUUGCGUCACAAUUCGCCUUCUUCCGCUCGCCCAUCGUCCUCAAUCAGAGCGCCUGUUGCAUACACGCGGUAUGGAUGGCCGCUUGACACGAAACUCACACAGCGAGCUCAAAUGCAUGUGCCCGCCGCUCUCAGCAAAGCUUUGUCACAUGUAUAAAGAUCAUCCGCUAUUCCAUUGA